CAAUACAUACCUGUUGACAAAAACCUUGUACGAAACUUUUGAAGUACUGGAUGCAUUUGGUUGGAUUUAUCUACGAUCUCAGAUGUAGAUUCCCUGUGGAUGUGGUCACGAGAGACACUCAUUCCCGGACUGUAUUCAACAGAGUGGUACAAUGGCCGGAAGAUUAAAGAAGGUUGGAUUGCUAACAACGAGGAUUAUCUCGUGGGCGUCCCGAGAAUACGAUUACUUCGUGUGGAAGAAGAUACAUGCCCCGUUUCCAGUUAUUUUGAGGACAUCAUUCCACAUUGUUACGAUGGCUAUUCCGUUGGUGAUGAAGACGGUGUUACCUAUGGAGUCGGAUGGAAACCUUUGCACCGUGGAAAUUCCAGAAAGCGGCGAGAUAUCAGGGGACCGGAGACCGAAAAAGAAUGGAUAGAACUCCUAGCUGAAAGUGAACAGAAUGCGCCGGUCAGACACAAGAGAGCUCUUGAUCCCAUCAUGGGAGGACUGAGUGGGAAGAAAAGAAGGAAAAAGAAGCGGUUAUUGGCAAGCACAAAACCGAAAGUUUAUGUUGUCAACGACAAUGCAUUAUUGCCAGAUGGUACAGUUUUGUCCUGCCUCGAGAGAUGGCGUCAUCAGAGCAUGGUGGAGCUACGAGGGUUCCCUUACUGGGGCACCCUGACCAUGUACAGUGGUAGCGGUUACGUAGCAAACCUUGGUUAUAAUCCUAUCACAGCCUACACUGUGGUCGCAGACUUGCAUUCGAACGGUUGGUUUGACAUUCAGACCCGAGCUGUUUUGGUGGAGUUCACCGUAUACAACGCGAAUACGAACCUCUUCGGGAUCCUUACCUAUUUCAUUGAACACGGACCUUCAUCCGCGACUGUGGUUAGAUCCGACUAUCAGGCAGCCCGGUUUUAUCUUCAUUUGAACGGCGGGCAAACACUAGCUCAUGUUUUGGUCAUAUUCUUUAUGCUCUACUUUCUUUACAGAGAAGGAAAGCUUGUCUAUAAGCAACGAUUGGCGUACUUCAAAGGUUUCUGGAAUUGGGUCGAGGUAAUUCUAAUCGUCUCUGAAUUUUCACUUAUCGUUCUGUUCCUUGCACGUUUGUACGAAGUCGACCGAAACAUUCAUCAGCUCCGAGAGAAUCCGAACGAUUACGUUGGUUUCCAACACGCCGCGAAUGCUGACGCGUUGAUGACCUACGUGAUUGGAAUCCUUGUGUUUUUCUACAUAUUGCGUUUCCUACGGCUGCUACGAUUCAACAAGAACUUCCUCGCGAUUGGUAAAACAUUGUCGAGAAUAAGCUCUCCAAUCCUGAGUUUCUGCCUACCAUUUAUCUCCGGAUUCUUCGCAUUUGCAAUGCUGGCUUUCACGAUGUUCGGCACUGAACUUGAGGAAUAUAGUUCCUUUGUAAGAACUUUAGUCACUCAAUUCAGUAUAACGUUAGGAGACUUCGAUUUCGAGGCGAUCUUUAUGGUCAAUCCAACAAUUGCAACACUCUACUUUUUCUCGUUUAUUGGAUUGAAUGUGAUGGUGUUAAUGAACAUGUUCAUCGCCAUUAUCAACGAUUCCUAUGCCGAAAUACAAGAGGAAACUAGCGAGAUUGAAAACGAACUGGAGAUAAUCGAAUACGUAACAACAAACGUGACUGGGAUUUUCAACAGCAAAUUUUCCCGUGGUAAGGUUGCUCCAGAAAAAAAGAAGAGGAAGAGAAAGAAAAAAAAGAAAUUGCCUGCCUUUGAAGAGUUCUCAAACGAGCUUGAUGAACGCGGAAGGAAAUUGGACAUUCUUGUGUUUGUCUGUGAAAAGAGCAUGGAAGAAGAUGAGUUGGAAGAAAGGAAAUUCUGUACAGUACCAGAGGACAAGAAGCAAGAUAUGUUCUUCAGAUUGCUGUGUUUUAUGGAAAAUAUAGAUGAUGAAGAGGAUGAUGAAUAUUGUGAUUGGGAUGAUGAAUCACGUGAUUGGGAUGAUGAAUCACGUGAUUAUGAUGACGAAUCACGUGAUUGUGAUGUUGAAUCACGUGAUUGUGAUGAUGAAUCACGUGAUUAUGAUAGCGAGAGGUAUAGUGGUGAAGAAUCCCGUGAUACGUCUGCCGAAGAACAAGCUCCAGGCGGUCAUGAUGAAUAAAUAAAGAAAGGAUUAAAAAUAGUUUUAUAAGUGGAAUGCGUACAAUAAUCAAUAUGAAUUGCAUUUUAAGACGAAAAAUGACCAGAAAUUAGCACUUAAUUCACGUCUUAUAUACAAAGCGGCUGGCCAGAUUUAGAAUCAGCCGUGAUAUUUUUCGUGCCCCUGACUAGUGCCUAAAUACGCACAGUACCCAGAACACGCAGCUCAAGACAAUGGGCCACUGUCAGUUCCGCGCGAUGUGGAUGGCUGCAAACUUAUAAUUGCUUUUUCUUAGGUUGGAACAUUUUAGCGAGGCUUAACGAUAGUUUUUUCUCAUCUGUACUUAUAUUAUAGAUCAGUGCUAACCGCCAUUCAACCGUGACGAGCUUCGAACAGACCAUCGUUGGUCCAGAAACUAUCGUUUUGUUAUAAGCUAUAUACUAUUUAUUUAUUUUAUUAACAAUGUUUAAGCAUGUGCACGUCAAAGGCAAUGGCAACAGCCACACAUAUCAUGCAAUAUAUGGUCUCAUUAAAG